AUGUACUUUCCCCUGCUCGAUUCAGAGAUCACCCCUGGGGUACGUAAUUUGCAGGUUCUGCUGGAGAAGGCCUGGAAAGAAGGAUAUGAUGCAGAUGGAGCUGAACAGCUGAGCCAUAAAUUGCUCGAUACGACGAAAUGGAUAGGCACGGCCGAACUUUACGUCGCCUUCACUUACCUUGGAAUUCCUGCUCAGCUCGCCGAUUUUGAGCUACCAUUAGGUUUGACCUAA